AUGAAUCUACUGCUGUCGUAUUUCCUAUACCUCGCGCUUCUUACCGUAGCCUGGGCUACCGUAUGCAAGACGAAUUUCGAUGCGAGUGGUGAAAUUCUGGGAGAGCUAUCCGACGUCGAGUGCAACAACAACUGUGAAUUCUGCGCAACGCUACGCCAUAGCGGCCGUUUCAUGAAAUUCCAAGUGCACGGCUGCGGCUGCGGGGAUAAGAGCAUUUUUGGGCCCGAUGAGAAGACGGCGCGAACGCUGAAUGAUUGCACGGAAAUCGGUUCGCAAAACGGCACCCAAAACGGCCAGCGAAUACGGUGGGCCUGCUGCGCCGAGGAACUCUGUAAAUUUAGU